GACAAGCAGUGUCUGACCAGUCACAUCAAUAAGGAAUGAAACAGAGGAUCCUAUAAAAGUAGUUCCCCCACCCCUACAAGCCGGAUGCCUGAUGGAGUUAGUUACCGUUUAGUCUGACUCCGCCCUUCUAAUGUGGUUGGGGGAUGAGUGUUACCAGCUGGUUACUAUGGUCACAGAGCAGCAGGCGGAGCUGCGUGUGUAGCUGGGAACCUGCCGCAUCAGUGCUGCACGGGGCAGAAUUGAAUUUAGACGAUGAAGUCCAGCCUAAUGCACUUGGUUCCCCCAGUAAGCAGGGACAGAGUAAUUUCCCACUUCCCUAAGUGGUAUACACCUGAGGCCUGCCUCCAGUUCAAAGAUCAUUUUCAAGCACAGGUCAGAAGUGCUUGUCACCAGCGGAACACCGGGACAGUUGGGUUUUGUAAGGAUAUUUUUGACCGAGACUACAAGGCAACAAUUGGUGUGGAUUUUGAAAUCGAGAGGUUUGAAAUAGCUGGUGUGCCAUAUAAUCUCCAGAUAUGGGACACAGCAGGUCAGGAAAAGUUCAAGUGCAUUGCAUCUGCUUACUACCGAGGAGCAGAGGUUAUUGUAACAGUGUUUGAUCUGGCUGAUAUCCAGACCUUGGAUCACACCAAACAGUGGUUAGAGGAUGCAUUGAGGGAGAAUGAGCCAGGGUCCAGCUUUAUCUUUCUGGUUGGAACAAAGAAAGAUUUAGUGUCAGGUGCUGCAUGUGAGCGGACAGAACGAGAUGCCAUCCGUUUUGCCAGUGAGAUGCAGGCUGAAUACUGGUCGGUGUCAGCAAAAACAGGAGAAAAUGUAAAGGAGUUUUUUUCCCGGGUUGCUGCAUUGGCUUUUGAACGAUCCAUGCUGAAGGAGCUGGAGAAGAGUAAUGGUCGCAUGGCCCAGAUUGGGGCUGGGAACCUGAUCAAACUGGAAGGAAACUCACUGGAUGCUCCAGAAAGCAACUCUCAAGCAAGCCUGAGCUGCUGCUAGCUGCCAAACAUUUCUGCAAACAUUAUUUCUCCAUCUGCAUGUGCGUACACAAGUGUGGUGAAGCUGCAGCAGAAAAAGCUCUUGUGCAGUUUUUGGUUCAAGGAUUGAAAGUCAUUAUGUGUUGGCAAAGCAGUGAGGAGAAAAUGAUCCUAGCAUUUCUCUUCAGAGAGAUGAUUCUUUCUUGCUUUGUGCUUACCUAUCCUGACUGGUGACCUCUUUUUACUUGAGAUGUUGCCAGUCCAACAUGCCCUCCUGCUUCCAGGAAACCCUGUGGUAAAGAUUUUGUGUGUUCUUUGCUUUCUUGGUUGUUACUAGAACUUUGAAAUCUUGGAUGCUGAAAUCCUGGUCCCAUACUUUUGGGAGCAGAAAACAUGUGGCAGUGCUAAGUGAAUCCAUAUGUUUUCUAUCUUUUAAACAUAAACUCCUUGCACAAUAUUACUCUGACUUGCACUCAGGCAACUCCACUGGGCCAUGAAUGUGCUUAUAAACAUUUUUUCAGUUGCAUUUAAGAUCUCUUAUGGUACCUACCUGCACACUUUACUGCAGAGUAGACUAAUUUGCUCUGCAGUAAAUGUCACUGUCUACAUAUGCACUGCAGUUAGGGUGCAGUAGACCAAUUUAACUGGUGUAGGAUAGUCCCAUCAGACACAAGUACUAUCCUGUGCCAGAGUAAAUAACUACAAUUAAGUGAACAUGUAGACAGUGAUCCAGGUGCAAAUUGUACCCAGUCAGCUAAGCCAGGGCAGGCCAGGAGCAUCCCUGGCCUACACUGUUCCCCCCAAGCUCAAUUUUCUCCUGUCACCAGGCACACGUUCAGAUGCUGUGCCUGGAUUAGUUUACCCUGGUGCACACUGCACCAGAGUAAAUUCAGUCAUGUUAACUGCAUGUGUAGACGUACCCUUUAAACAUUUUUAGUCUACAUGUGUACUGUUAAUGAAGUAAGGUGGGAGAGAAUUUUUGUUUGCUUCACCUGGCUUUCUUUAUUACUCUGACAAAUCUGGCCCUUUGGAUACAACUGCAGGGUAAUUGGAGAGAGCUGGGAAAUUGGGGGAUACAUUCUGUAAUGAGGAAACACAAAUCUGAAGUAUAUGAAGCUCUAAAAACAACUGGCAAUGAUUCCUCUUUUUUGACAUCAUGGUUUUUCUGCCUUUCACAGUUAAGGUGGGCCAAAAUUAGAGCCCAAGAUCCAUGUGUUCUCAAAUAUUGUGGCAGUCCUGAACCUGGCAGUCUUAUCCCAUCUCUGUUUAACAUUUGGAGGGCUUAAUUUUUCUCUGCCUUGAACCUUAUAGAGAUGUGUCCACUUGUGGAAAAUGCCAGAUGAGAGUGGUAUAAUUGUAUGCUGUCUGGAACAUAGCUAGACAAGGUACAAAGCAGAAGAGAAUCAAGCUCUAUAUAGUCUCUCUGUCAAAGAGAAAGUAGAUGCAUCUUUCCCCUUUAUACAUCCUGUGUACACUACAAGAUCCUUACUAAGUAGAAUGGAUGGCAUUUAUGUCAUAACCACUUUUUUGUUCUUAUAACCACUUUUUUGUUGUAUAGAAGGGACAACGUGUUUUCACAUGUUACAGCCCACAUAAUGAACCUGAUCUCUCCUAUCUGUGCCAGAUAACAGUGAGUUGGUAAGAUAAGACUAAGCAUAACUAGGCCUAUAAGUGUUCUGACUGACCUUGCUGGAGAAAGUGUUUCAGGUCACUUUGCUAGGAACAGGCUGUGCUACUACUGAGCAGAAGCAACAGUGGUAGAGAAGCAAUUGUAUCAUUGAUGUAUCUUUGUAUUUCUUUUUAAAAAAUGGUGUCUGUGAGUAAAGACAGGCCUUGCAGCCUGUCUUGAAAGGAGGCGGCAAAAUCAGGGGCAUGCACUGCCUAAGCCCCAAUCUACUUGCCAUGUGGGGACUUCACUGUUGAGGGGCUACUAAAGAACAGACCACAGCUCAGUGAGUAUAUCAGGUUUACAAACAUUGUUCUGGUCUCCUCUAUUGUUCCAAGAGUAAAUGCCCUCCUGCCAUUACUAGUUAAGGCUGAUUCUUUAGGAACCAGCAUAAUUAUUUAGGGUAGGAAGUUGUAUGAAUUUCAGUGGUAUUGGAAACUAGGGUGAAGCAGCUUUAUAUCAGAUUCUUCUGCUGUGUCAGUAGCACUGAUUGGUGCUAUAGGGACUCCUUGUUAGUUGUCCUUGAUGAUUGAAUGGCAAGGUGUCAUUGUCUAAAACAACUGUUAUAAACACAUGCUGGGUCAGUAUUUGUGAGACUUUUACUAAUCCUAAUCUUAGUUUCUAAAUUUCUUAUCAGAUUGUUUUCUUGUUGAACUGCAAUGCAUGUAGCAUGGUACAAGGCAAAGAACAAGAUACUCCCGGAGUGCAGUUUACACUGGGAGAAGGAAUUAAUGGAAUCUCUUACUCAUUUGUAACGCUCAGUACCAUGUGUCUAAUUGGCAGUAUUACACUAAAUCUGAGCGAGAGAAAAUCAUUCACCUACACUAAACUGUAAACAUUUCUGUAAAUAUUCUGAUUAAAUGAAAGAACCACCCAAAAGAAUGAAACCAAGACCAUCACUACUCAAAGCUUAAAUGCCAGUAACAAAAUGUCCACUGUCCUAGGGACAGUGGAAUGACUCUGGAUUUUCAUCAGUGGAAGAGAAGUGUUUUCCAUAAGGUCCAAUAUAUUCUUAGUACAACUCUUUCAGAGGGAAAGAAGACAAAAAAUUGUAGGGCACUCAUUAAUUAUUAACCCCAUCAAACUAUCACACAGUUGUUCAUAUGCAUCAGUAACCAGAGUACCAAAUAUAACAAAAUCUAAUUGGAGCUGAAGUCCUCCAAAGAAAAUGAGGAAGGUAAUGGAAAGAAAUAUCUUUGAUCAUAAAAAAAAUGUUUUUUUAAAAAGAGCCUAAUUCUAAAUUAUCCCUGCUCCUGCAGUUGAUCAUGGGGAGAAAGGUAGCUUAAAAUAGCUGUUGCAUUGCCUAUAUUCUGCUUUUCUCUCAGACUCCUGUUGUUUUAGAUAUACAUCUCCUGGGAACUGUACAUGUUCCUCUUUUGACAAUGACAUUGGCAACUGUGCCAACUGGAUUGGCAAAGACAAGUGCACCAUUUGGUGAAGGAGAUGAAUGUGUGUGUAUGUGGGGAGAGUUAUCUAUCCAAGGAUUGAACGUUUUGACCUUAUGAUGUUCUGCGUAGCUGUUCAUCUCUCAAAAAAAUCUGUUUCAUGGGGAUGACGAAUAGAUGCUCCCUUCUACCAUGCUUUCUUUUAAGUGGGCAGGAAACUAGCUUCUUUGUGGUUAUUAAAUUUGAUGCAUUACUAGAUGGGUGAGUGACAGAUGGUUCACUGCACUGGGGCAUAUCAUAUAUAUACACACACUAAAUAUGUUUUGCAUUUGUAUAGUGCCUUUCAUCAUACACAAAAUGCUUUACAAAUAUAAACUAAUUGUUCCAUAUAAACAUCCUUCUGAGAUACUGUAGCCUCAUUUUAUGAAUGGAUAAACCAAGGCUCACAGAGGCAAUAGGCCUAAUUUCCAAACUAGGCCUCUUUUGUAAGCACAGUUUUGUACCUGAAGUGAUUUUUGGUCCCAGAAUUUUGUUCCUUCAGUUCAUUCAUGCUUUUUUCUGAUAAUUCACUAUUGACACUAAAUUAGGACCCAUUUUGUUACAGGAAAAAAUGUGAUUCUACAAAUGGAGUCAUGGUUUUAAACUCAAGCUGUUAAGGGAAUGUCUAUAUUGCCUUCUAUGUGAGAUCAGUACACUGCAGAAAAAUAAGCUCACCCACUCACACCUGCUCUGGGCACAACUGGGCCAGCAAAUUUAUGGAUCAGACAGCUUGAUGAAGCCUCAAAGAGCCUGAGCAUUGUGCCAAAGUAUGCACCAAGGCUGUGCCAAGCUGUCUGCUUUGCAAAUUUGUAGGCUUGGGUGUUCAUGGAAUGAGCAUGAGUGGGCAGGCCUUGUUUCUUUGUGGUGUGCCCAGUCUCAGUUGGGAGGCAGUGUAGGCAUAUUGUAUGUGACUUGACCACAGUCACAUUGUGAGCCAAGGUUGAAGUUUGGGAGAGGAUUCGGCAGCCCUGGGUGUAUACAUAGAUAUUUUAAAAUGCCCUGAGAGUGCAGCUUUUAUCCAUGUGAUAAUGUAGCUAUGAGAAAUUUAAAAUGAGGCAGCUUUUCUGGUUCAUGGAUGUGAAGUACAUGGGUCCUUUAAAACUGCAGUGUCUGAAAGAGCGAGAUUCUGUUCCUAUGGGCUCCUCCCUUUACCCUGCCUGUGUAUUGGGAGUCCUGAACCUGGAAAAAAAAUUGUAUUUUGUUUUCUAGUAGCAGAAAUGACACAGUAAGUUACUUAAUGUGGCUCCAAAUAUUGCAUGCAUAAGAGCAAUAGCCUGUUAGGCAAUAAAUAGCCUUCAGAAAGGGCCGAAUUCGUGCCAUUCAGUGAUGGAUGCUGCAAGGCCUGUCUUUAAAACCCCAUUGAGAUUUCCUCAGUACGGAGCCUGCUAUUAAUAAUUGAUUCUGUAAAAAUGAAACUCAGAUCAUGUUACUAUUGAUUAAUUGGUUAGACAGGGAAGCACAAGGAAAGGCUUCCAAGUUUGGCUGAAAGGUAAACACUGCUGUUCGUUUGUAAUUUCUUAGACAGAUGUUCAUGUCUGUGGCCUAGAUUUUACUUGUGCAUGUUUAAUUCUAACAGAAAGGCAUUUUAGUUGCUUUGAAGAAGCCUUUUAAAUAGUGAAAGAAAUGACAGGGAGGGGAGACAAGUAUAUCAGCACUGAGUGCAGGCUGAUUGUCACAGCAAGCCUAUAUACAACUCUGAAACCAGCUGGUGGAUCCCUCACUGUAUUCAUGGCAACAGUUUCACUGUUACCUUCCUUGGGGAAUGGGCUGUAGGGGUUAUGGGGAAUUGUGGUGUUUGGGAGCAAUUCAAGGACACAGCUAAGAAAAAAAAUGUAGUAAUGUCUCCCAAAACAAAAUACUAGUGCUAUGCUUUGUUUUGUCUUAAUAAAUUGAAGCUAAUA